GUGCCACCACCACCACUUUCUUGGCGUGGUACUGACUCAAUCAAAUUUAUUUGCAAUCCGCACUACUUUUUUCUUUCUUUCUUGUCAAAUAACAAAACAACACCGGUAACUUUAUUCCCAAUUAGUUAGUUUAGUCCGAUUUUAGGGUGAACAAAAUCUAAACUAUAAAUGCAAGGUCGCUUGUUGUCCCUGCUUAGAAAUAGUUUAGUUCAAGUAGCGAAACAGCAGACCCGGCAGACAAGCUAUCCAAAUCAAAGCUAUUUGUAUCAUAAUAAUCGUCGUCACAGCUCCUCAACUCUCCAAUUCUUUAGAAACUACAGUCACACUACAAAUUCCGAUAGCAGUGUCCCACUCGCGCGACCAAAGCCUGAUCCUGCUACACCCACAAACACAUUCAUCUCACCCCUACCUUUGAGAAACAAAGCAGAACAGGAGGACAAGGCGACCUCUAAAACUGCUAUUAUGGUAGACAAGGUCAUGAAGCACUACAUUCUUCCUCUCGACCAACCCGUCGUCUCGCUCGACUGCAGCGAGGCAUUCGAGGGUCUCUCGCAGAAAGAGAAGCUAUAUUCUCACUAUCUCAGCCAGGGUGCCUGGAUUGGAGGACUCGUCGUCUUGGUUCAGACCUCGCCCGAGUCUCCCGUCAUUUUUUCCUUGUUGCACGACUUGUUCAAGUCCAACGGGGUGGAAGGACUCAGGUCCGUGGCCAUCGGGGAGUGCAAUUUUACUGAGGAUGAGUGGAAGGCUCUCACAGUCUACACAAGUGGCAUUUUUGCUUCAAUGGGGAACUAUAAAGGGUUUGGUGAUACCAAGUUCAUCCCCGGGGUUCCGUGUGAUAAGCUUUCUGUACUCUUAAACAAGGCAAAGUUUCUUGGAAUGGGAGGAAAAGAUAUUGAAGCUAAAUGGGAGUACGUCAAGGAUAAGAUGUAUACAUUGGGGGAUCGAGAAAAGCAGUUGGGCCUGGGACAGAAGGGAGUGACCACAUACUUUUCUGCCAACUGUAGCAAGGAAGACUCUGAGUUGGUCCAGCGGUUUUUGAAGAAGGAGAAACUUGAAGCCUGGAAUACAAGGUGUUUUAAGAUGGUUGACGGGGCGUCCCCAUUGUAUGAGAUUCGAAGUGCUUCCUCUGAACUCGACGAAGGUCCUCCAAAGAUAUUUGAAUUUGAAGGUGCUAAUAUCCGACUGACGAAAGGAGACUACGCUCCCCUUAUGGCCCUCACUGCCGAGUACUUGGAAAAAGCAAAGGAGUUUGCAUCCAACGACACGGAAAAGAGCAUGCUCGAGUGCUACGCCAAAAGUUUUCAAGGGGGCAAGGUGGACAUGCAUAAGGAAGGGUCCAGAUUCUGGAUUAAGGACAAAGGACCCGUCAUCGAGACAUAUAUCGGAUUCAUUGAGACGUAUCGUGAUCCGACCGGAGUUCGUGCUGAAUUUGAAGGCUUUGUCGCCGUGGUGAAUAGAGAGACGUCCAAAAAGUUUGGCAAAUUGGUUGACCAUGCCUCUGAAUUUUUAAAAUUACUCCCUUGGCCGAAAGAGUUUGAGCGUGAGACCUUUAUGAAACCGGAUUUUACUUCUCUUGACGUUCUGAGCUUUGCUGGAAGCGGCAUCCCCGCUGGGAUUAAUAUCCCAAAUUAUGAUGAAAUUCGCCAGAAUGAGGGAUUUAAGAACGUGUCAUUGGGCAAUGUUAUCCCGGCCAGUUACAAGGAUAGUGUGAUCCCAUUCUUAUCCGCAGCGGAUAAGGAGAUGCUAGAAAAAUACAGAGUUCCUUCCUUUUCGGUCCAAGUUGCUCUUCACGAACUCCUCGGCCAUGGUUCUGGGAAGUUGCUCAAGAAGAACGAUGACGGGACUCUCAACUACUCUCCAGACUUGAAGAAUCCACUGACUGGGCAACUGAUUGAACGCUGUUACGACCACAACGAUACGUACGACUCCAUCUUUGGCGACAUGGGAUCUGCAUUCGAAGAAUGUCGAGCGGAAUGUGUCGGGAUUUUGCUAUCGUUGGAUAAAACAAUUUUAAAAUUGGUCUUUGGCUAUGAGGGUGAGGAAGCGGAUGACAUCAUUUACAUUAACUGGCUGUCCAUGAUAUAUGCGGGGGGUGCCAAAGCUCUGGAAAUGUAUCAACCGGACACAAGCCAGUGGAUGCAGGCUCAUUCCCAAGCUAGAUUUUCUAUCCUGCGCGUUCUCGUCGAGGCUGGAGAGGGGUUGGUUCAUGUGGAGGAGACGGUGGGCUCAGAUGGGAAACCAGACUUGCUCAUCACUUUGGAUCGGAGUAAAAUUGACACCGUAGGUCGAAAGGCCAUCAGCGACUAUCUCCUCAAAAUCCAGGUGUACAAAGCUACGGCCGAUAUCGAGUCAGCUCGUGAAAUGUUUGGCAAGUUAACUGCGGUUAAUAACGAGGGGAAAUACCCAUGGGCUAGCUGGAGGGAAAUUGUGAUGGACAAGAAGCAGCCAAGAAAAUUUUUUGUUCAACAUAAUACUGUCGCCGAGGGUGAGACUGUGAGUCUGAAAAACUAUGAGACCACGCCCGAGGGGAUGAUCCAGUCCUGGAUUGAACGCUUCCCCGACAGCAAGGCCGUCUAUAAAGCUCUCGACUACAAUUGGCUCAAAGACAAGCACCACUUUUAAGUGAUCAAAAUAGAAUAAGUAUAUUCUGUAAUUGGGGAUUCUAAUAAGGACAUGUUUCCAUACCCUUGUCAUUAUUAUUACAUCUACAUUAAAUUUAUCUACGAGCUACAUCAAAUUAAGCUGUUUGUACUUUCUAAUGAUUGUUACACAAUAAAUCGCGUGAUGAUAAAAUA